AUGAAAGCCAUUGAAAUUGUGUUUCCAAGGUCGAUCAAUUUGCUAUGUCGAUUUCAUAUCAACAAGAAUGUUGGUGCAAAACGGAAACAAUAUGUGGCUAGUGACAUGCAAAAGAAAAUUGACGAAUUAUGGACGGAUGUUGUAUGGGCUAGUGAUGAGGUUGAGUAUGAUCAAAGGUUGAACCAACUUGAGCAGGCGUGUGUUGAAUGUAAUGAAUUUAUUGAUUAUGUGAAGGAUACAUGGUUGACACCACAUAGACAAAGAUUUGUUGGAGCAUGGAUUAAUCGAGUGCUACAUUUGGGUAACACCACGACUAAUCGGGUUGAGUCUGCUCAUUGGAAGUUAAAGAAAAUGUUGGGGAACAGUAUUAGUGACAUGGUCAAAUAUUGGGAGGCUGUGAAUGACAACUUAAAGUUACAAUUGAGCAAUAUUAGAGCUUCUUUUCAAAAGAGUUUUUAUGAAGUUGAGCACACCCAUGUUUCAAAAGAGUUUUUUAUAAAGUUGAGCACGCCCACACGCAUUGUUGAAGAGUUAAAACGAGUUGAUUAUGUUGGAACUAACAAGGAAAUAUGUCGUUCUACUCUUAGAACAACCUACGAAUUACCUUGUGCUUGUGAGUUAACAGGAUAUAGAAUUGAUGCUAUACCGAUACCAAUAGAUGUUGUGCAUGUUCAUUGGAGAAAACUAAGUAUGGAAGUUAAGUUGGACGAAGACGUAGAUGAUGGCUCAGAGGUGGAUAUGAGUAAUGCAAUAGAUGAGUUAUGGAAAAGGUUUAAGUCACUGGAUGUUGUUGGGAAAAGGGCAUUAAAAGGUAGGGUUUUUGAACUUGCCUUCCCCACAAUGACUUCUAUGUGUCCACCACCUGAGAAAAUAAAAACUAAAGGGGGAGUCAAGAAAAAAGACAAAAAACCAGUAAGGUAUGAUGUUUAUAGAGACCCUUCGUAUCACGAGUAUGUUGAUCAAACAUCUCAAUCUUCACAGAGGCAAUCUCAACCAUCACAAACUUCGAAGAAUUUGAAAUUAUCACAGUCUUCACAAAAGAAAUCUCAACCAUCACAGGCUUCGAAAAAGUUGAAAUUAUCACAAUCUUCACAGUCAUCUAAGCAGUUCAUCCUUCAGUUUCCUAAUCACAUCAUGUCAUAUACUAAUGAUGUAGUUAAUGUUGUAUCAGAUGGUAAUUGUGGAUUUAGAGUCAUUGCUUCAUUGCAUGGAUAUGGUGAAGAUGGUUGGCCAAUGGUUCGUCGAGACUUGGGGUUGGAAAUAAUACAUAAUGAAAGAUCAAGUUUGUAUGCCAAUUUAUUUACUGAUCAGUUAGUAGUAUUGAGAGAAUCUUUAAUGAUAGAGGAAUUUGGUCCUCAACCACCACAUAAAUGGUUACCUCUACCAGAUAUGGGUUACGUGAUAGCGAAUCGUUAUAAUGUUGUACUUGUCUGUUUAGGAAUUGAAUGCUGGACUUUCUUCCCUAUGACAACUUCAUUUUCACCAAAUGUAUCAAUUUACUGCAUUGGUUUUGUAAACAGAAAUCAUUGGGUUCAGGUAAACAUGAAAGAAGGGUUUCCAUUGCCACCAAUGACAGUAGAUUGGAAGAAGUUUCGUUCUCCAGCUGCAACAUCUUGGAUGAUAGGAUUUGUAGGACGUCUACAAUAUUGGCAACAACUUACGCCUAUAUUACCAACGCAUUAUGAAUUAUAA